GCUCAGGCUGAAUUAACAAAAGACCAGUAUGUGCAAUCUUUGAGAUUUUGACAUUUAUAUUUAAGUUUUUUGGGAGAAUGGGAGAUUCAUCUGUAUUGUAAACAACCAGUCUUAAGUUUUGUUUUAUCUGUAAUUUCAGCACAAGUUGACUUAAUUAGCCUUUUAAGACAAAUGCUGUUUAAAGCUGGUUAGAAUGGAUACAGGUGACGUGGACACACAGGAAGAAUACAAAUCGCCCUUUGACUUUAGUUUGGGUGUGAAUCAAGAUUAUUUGUACUUGUCUCCCAGCACUAAUGUAUUUUCACCAGGAUCUCCUAGUGUGAAGAAAGGCCUACUUGGAGGUGAGCCAAUACCUGAGGUGGGAGAGGAUGCAGCUGCUACUGCUACCUUACAAAGUGGAAUAACGGAUGAAGAACGAGAAGAGCUGACAAAUGAGCUUGCCAAGGUGGAGGAGGAGAUACAGACCCUUUCUCAAGUGCUUGCUGCAAAGGAGAAACAUGUUGCUGAGCUAAAGAAGAAGCUGGGAAUGACUCCAUUAAAUGAAUUUAGACAGAAUUUGUCACGAAGUUGGUUAGAUGUACAAUCUUCCACAGCGUUCAAGAAGACCUCAGAAACUCUGACUCAGGCUGGACAGAAAGCAUCAUCUGCUUUUUCUAAUUUUGGUUUUGCCAUUUCCAGGAAACUGGAAGAUGUCAGAUUACAUGCUUUUUCACAUUCUUUUAGCAUUCAUUCGAUACGUCAUUCAAUUAGUAUGCCUGUUAUGAGAAAUUCUCCUGCUUUCAAAUCAUUUGAAGAGAGAGUUGAAAACCUAAAGUUUAAGACCUCUACUAACAAGGACGGAGGAGGUGAUUUUGGUGAAGUUCUAAACUCUGCAGCAUGUGCAAGUGCCACAGAGACCAUCACAGAAGAGAAGGCUUCAGAUCAAGAGGCUGAUUAAAAUGCUGUUUCUUAUAUUUGGUUAUUGUUGGGUAUGUUACAACUAAAAUCAAGCACAUUGUAAUCGUUGCAAAUAAUGGCUCUUCACCCUCCCCGUCAGUUGUGCAAAUAGUAUGUCACAUUCCUGUAAUACUGUAUAUCUUGCAUUUAUUGGCUCGCAAGUUGUGGUUGGGUUAUUUGGUUCACCGAGUUCCCAUUUAACUCCUUGCUCCCCUCUGCAAUUUUUUUAUUUUACAUGGAAUAUUUUUGGUGAGAACAGCCUUCCAAAAAGAGCACAAGGUUUUUAAUAACUAUUUGACAGCCACAGCCUAUUUAUUAUGCCAAAGAAAACUCCAAACUUGAUUAACACCCUUAAUAUGCGGUUGGGAUGAAUUAAUUUUCACAUCCUUCUUUAAUGUGAUUGAUUCUGUCAUUAUUGGCUUUACAGUGUCGAUUCUAAUAUUGCACAGUGUGCAUCUGGUAACCAAUGGGCCAAGUCAUGGGUCAGCUUAAAAGUCAGUGACUACUGUUUUAUUUAAGUUUAUUUUAAGAAUUACUCUGUGUUGAAAGCACUCAAGUAGUAAGUUUGUGGAAAUCUGCUGUUAAGACCUUUUUCACUUUAAAUAUGACUGGUAGAGUAUAGUAUUGUAGUAAAACACCAUCUGAUGUUGUCUUUAGAUUUUUUUGAUUGGUUCUGUUGCUGUAAAAAAUCCCUUCAUGUACUUUUAAGAGAUGGGGUUGAGUGUUUCCUUGUAUAAGGGCUCUUAAGAUUUUGUUUGGGAUUAGUCUUCAGUUUCCAUCAAUGGGAAGUGGCUAAAUACACACUUUUUGCUUCUCUUUGUUACAUGUUCAUAGUUUGUAGCAGUUGGGGUUCAGAGUUUUGGGUCUGACUAAAGACCAAGUGAACAGAUGGAAUUGACUAAAAAUGUCAUUAAUGGAUAGUUGGAAUAUAUUUCUGAGGUUCAUAAGUUCAAUGUUAACCUGGUAAAAAUGUGCUUUGUUUACUUGAGUAAACCAGAUGAAACACUGUACAAUCACAGAACUUGUGUUACUUGGUUUGUUCUGUUGAAGUAACUUUUAAUAAACAUUGCUGAUAAUAAAAUUGAUAUUU